AUGCGUCUGGUCCUGCUAAUUAUGACCAUUAUAAAGGCAUUUUCUGCUGAUCAGAAUGGUUAUUUUUCUAUUUUUUUUUCUUGAUAACUUGGAGAAUAUAGCUUGGAUACCACGGCUUGGAAUUUUACCAAACGACAUUCCGCUGUUUCGCUGCGCGUCUUUGGGAGCCUUGUCGCGCUUUUAAUUUUUUUUGUCUUUUAUUAAGGUUUUCUACUUUCAUUUGUUACCACAGCAAUAACAAUCAAUUGAAAGCGUGACCUAGAUUCGAAAGACGCUUUGCGAACGCACGCAGCGGAACAGCGGAAUGUCGUUCCGUGAAAUUUCAAGUCGUGGCACACACUAUACAAUAUUUUUGUUUCGGAGCCACUCAAAGUCCUAUGUAAAUUUUUCAAGACCUUGUGUACUUAGUUGGACCACAAAAAGAACUCAGAAAACUCAAUCUAACACUUUUGUACAAUACCUUUUUACCGUUCAUUGAUUUUCUAAGAGAAUAUGUGAUAAUUUUUUUGUUUUUCUGAGAUUUUUCUGAAUUUUUUGCCACUUUUAUGAAAAAAUUGCGUUGAGAUUAAACAAAUUGGACUCUAAAGUACAGGAGGUAACUUUUUGAAAAGUGAAAUACAUUUCAAGUCAAAGGCAUAGGGGCAGUAAAAAAUGGGGUUUCAGGUGAAAGCAGUAUCUUAUAUAGUUUUUCUUUGCGAAUCGAAUGAUGUACUCAAAAAAAUUAAAUAUGUGACCACUUUAGAAGAAAAAAACGCGAUUUUUACUUUUCCCGCCUUUAAUUUUUGAAAAAAAGCUUUGGAUCGGUAUGCAGACAACUGUUUACAGUAGCCGUGCACGCGAUGUUGCGGACGUCUCAUUAGACUCGCAUUUUUGUGUGAAAUAACCGGGUAUCUGCUUCAAAUUAAGGGUUUCUUCUCUGAAAAAAAUCGAUUAAUAAAAACAGAAAAACACACAUUGAUCAUAAAGAAAGCACAAAUAAUCGCUAUCCCAAUCGAAACCUGUGUAAAAUCAUCAUUUUUCACCAAAAAAGCAUUUUUGCGAUUAAAGUUUGAAAAUUAUACAUGAAUAGAAAGCUUCUGUGACGAAAAGAACUUUGGUGACAACAGAAAAAAUUGAAAUUUGAAAGAAACGAAGAAAAAACCGAAAAUUUGGAGGUUGGCGAAGCCUGUUGUCCAUAUAGCAACUUUACUGCAAAGUGCCCUUUUCGCGGGAACUCAAGCUUUCCUCUCCCCGACUUUGAAUUAUUUUUUCUCCAAAGUAGGAACUUCUGUACGUUUCCAAGUUCACCGUUCGAUUCGCAAUGAAAAACUCUACAAAUUACUGAUUUGAACUGAAACAACGUUUUUUUACUGCCCCUAUGCCUUUAAAGUUAUCAUGAUGACCAGAUACUUCACGGCGUUCUGCGUAGUGGAAGAAAAUGUAAAAAUUUUGAAAAUGCGGAGCGGCUUUGAAAGGUUGCUCCACCUAGAGUUACGGUAGACAGCUUGCGCGCGAACAUUUGAAUUUCUUGUUGCUCAAGUGCUUCAGGUGAUUUUUCAUGUUUAUUUCAGUUGUAUCUUUAUCUGUUUUGUUCUGAUUUACGGUAAUUAUUUUUUAUUGCGACAGCAAAAUGCGAAGGAACUUUUUUUUUCAAUUUUUCAAUAUUAACUGCUCGGUUUUUGACAAAAUUUCCCUUUUAAAAAAAAAAGCCUUUCCGCAACAUUUUCUGUGUCAAAUUAAAUUUUUUUAUUUGAAUCAAUCAAUCUCUUCAUUUUCGCAACAUCAGAAUGGUAUGGCGAUGUUGCAGAGGAGAAAAAUUACCACUAGGUGGAUGAACUAAACUAAAUCUGUAAAGAAAAACUUUUUUUAAAAAUUUUUUUAAUAAGUGGGGAAAGACACAUAGAACCACAAUAAGUCAUUUUCGGCACAAAAUUUCACGUUUUUCACUGAAAAAAAGGACUAUAACUAAUUUUGAGGGUGAAAGGUAUAAAAUUGUUCAGAAAAUAAGAAAAACUUUCACCCAAAUGUUUUUUGUCAACUAGAAAAGGAAUUGUGAAAGGAUCGAUUUUUUUCACGCCUGUAGUUUUGAAAAAACGCUAUUUUUCGAGGAAAAAAAUUAUUUUCGAAUUUAAUGAGUAUGCGAGUUAGCGUCGUUCUGUGUAUGCACCAAAGACGUCAAAUAUUACGGAAAUUGUGGGAGGGGCGUCGUCAAAAGAACGCCGUGACUUACGUCACUUCACCAAUUCCGUUUCAGUCCCUGAAGACCUUGAAUUUUCUGAUGUUUGCUGCAAGGGUCCCAUGGUAGCAUUAAACAAUACAGAAGCGAUCCCACAUGAAUGCAGAUUACCACUUCUCAUAUGUACCAAAGCACCGAUAUACGCGGAAGAUGCUCGAUACGAUGGGGCUGUUAAGUAUUUGUUGUAUAAUCUGAGAAACAGCAGUACCAUAACCAUUAUUAAAAGCGAGAUGUCCGUCAAUCAUCUGAUAGAAGUCACACACGGAGGACCGGGUGCGUUUUAUUUCAUUCUGAAAAAAAGGAGAGCUUCUCAUAUUAUAUCUUGAUUUACCUCUAUUCCUCAGCUUAGUUCAGCUUUCCAAAUAUAGCUGACUGACGGCUGACUUGAGUUAUCGAAAAAAGGGUCCUAGCACGAUAAAAAAAGAGAAUUUUUCGAUUUUUUUUAAUUUCACAGUUUAAAUAUAGCCAAUGUUUCCCGACUUGAGAGGCGAGGGAGGCGGGACGCGUAGCGUGUGCGUACGCGGUUCUUGGCACGAGUUCAAUUCAAGUGCUACAGUCUGUGUGCCACGACUUGAAAUUUCACGGAACGACAUUCCGCUGUUCCGCUGCGUGCGUUCGCGAAGCGUCUUUCGAAUCUAGGUCACGCUUUCAAUUGAUCGUUAUUGCUGUGGGAGCACAUGAAAGUAGAGUACCUCAAUAAAAAAUUAAAUGCGCGACCAAGGUUCGCAAAGACGCGCAGCGGCACAGCGGAAUGUCGUUUGGUGAAAUUCCAAGACGUGGUACACAGGCUAUACCGACUAUUCAAAAAGCUCAGUCACCGCUCUUUUUUAUAUGUUCCACUACUUUUUAAUGAACACAUGAAAAAGGAAAAAAAAAGAAAUGAAAUGAAAUGAAAAGAUCUAUAAAGGAGCUCUCCAAAUUGUCGCUGGCUGUUGAAUUGGACUCGUGCCAAGAACCGCGUACGCGCACGCUACGCCUCCUUCGCUUUUCAUGUCGGAAAACAUUGACUAUACACUUUUUUUCUGCUUUUUUUGUUCAUUAUGUUAUCGAUUGUAGGAGCGGCAAUCACUUUGAAGAAUGCCAAGUUAGGCGAAGAUUCAUUCGAAAAUUUGAAAAAAAUAACGGUGGAUGAUCCAUAUAUUUAUUGCGACGGAAAGAAUAAAUUGAUCGACAUAGAAGGAGAUUACAACAAAAUUGUCAUAGAUCGGCUGGAAAAAGUUGCGAAUGAGGUACCUUUUUUUUGUUAAAAAAUUCCCUUUCUACUAUUUUGGAUUUCUCACAACUUUUUAGUAGAUAUAUUGUUUUUCAGACCCUGGCCGUAUGUGAUAAGCCGAGACCCGUAACUGGAGCCGUUACGAUAAUUAGUCCAGUAGAGCCUGCCGCAGUGGUUUGUCAAAAAGAAAAAGAUCCGUUGGUUGCCGAGAAAUGCCCAAAUUGCGGUGGAAUUUUCAAAUAUUCAUUCUGAAGAAAUGCGUAUCUUUAGACGUUGCUCUGUAUUUGGCUGGCGUUGCAAUUUUAUUCCUCAGUCUUAUUUGCAUCUCUCUUUCUUUCGUCUGCGUCAAAAUGUACCGGAAACUUCGCUCUAGGGAUAAUCGUCUCGUUUCUGCAGGUGAUUUUUUGAAAUUUCCGUAAAGUUAAGUGUGUUGUGUGCAUGCACCGCGGCGUUUUCGCACAUGCCAUUUCAAAGUAAUUUUCGCAAAAUUCGAAAUCAUAUCUGAAUUUCCGGAGUUCAGUAAUAUUUUUCCCUCGCUGGUGGCUAUUUUGAAUUACUUUCAACACGGCAUUUGAAAAAAAAAUGAAAAGAAAAAUCGCGUUUUUUUUUGGAAAAUAGCUUCGUCUCAUGACCCAUUUAUGCGCCUUUAAUAUUUCCUCUUUUUCCCAUGACGUCACAUGGAAACGGCGGAGGUUUUGACCACUUUUUUUCACGAAUUUUCUGAAAUGAAAUAGAAGAUUUUUUAAAAGCCUGGCCUGGCUUGGCCCAAGCCCGCGCAGCCUUUUUUUUAAAUGAGAACGUUCUAGACAUAGUUCCAAAGUUUUUGAUCUUCUAUUGAAGGAACGCAAUCAAGGAUAUUUGAUAUAGAAGCCGCUCCACGGCGUUCCCAAACGCGGUAGAGAGACGUCAAAAAAAUGUUGGCGCGAAAUUUGAAAUCUCAAGUAUGAAGCCAAAUGUGUUCUUCUGUAAUACUCAGUUCAAUUUGCAACGAUAGGUAGCUGUGACGUCCAGUCCUUUUAUCCGAAGCGCGCACUUACUUUUUUUGUAAAUUCAGAAGCUUUGACGCCUCGCUCACCUUCCCCUCGGGCACCAAAUGCGGAAGAACCGACGCUUGAAUCUCCAAUCGACCGUAGGACGGCCGGAGCAGAGGAAGACUCGUUGGAUCGAAUCGUCGACGAGUUCAGGAACAUUUCUGAAACGACCGAGAUGGAUUCGACCCGAGUUUCUCCUUCUUCGGAAUGUCUCAGCCCGUCUCGUCUUGGCUCGAGUUCUUAUGGUGAUUAUUGAUCACUUGGAAAUGGGAAAAAAAAUUGGAAAAUAAGUGGCUGCAAAUUUUGCGGUUCAGAAUGUCUUGGAAAUUGGCCGGACCACUUCUUGACUUACCAGAUCCAAGGCAAAAUCGGAAAAGGCUCCAUAGAAAUUUUCAUUUUCGGGUGAAAAAGGCUUCUUUUUUGCUCCCUUCUUCCACCAUUUCUUGAGCCUUUGGAGUCCCAGAAAAAGCGGAGGCUCGAAGAAGGGACACUUUUUGCGACCUUUUUGCGACCUUUUCGCGGCCUUUUUGCGGCCUUUUUGCGACCUUUUUGCGGUCUUUUUCGAGCCUCUCUCUUCUAGCGACCAUUAUCCACCAUUCCUACUUUGACCGAUGAAGGUCCUGAAAGUCUCAACCUGAAAAAAUUCCUAGUUUUCGAAAAGGGCACCUCAAACUCAAAGAAUACCCUCAAAAUCCUGUAACAUAGGCUAUUUUCGGACCUUAUUUCUCAGAAAAUAGGAAGUUUUGCAGGUUCAGAUUGUCAGAACUCUUUUUUGGUACAGUCGAUGUGCCACGACUUGAAAUUUCAUGGAACGACAGUCCGAUGUUCUUGUGGUUCUAGUGCGCGCUGUCGCGAAGCGCCUUGCAUUUGCGAAUUCCGGUCGCGCUUUCCUUUUUUUCUUUUUAUUUGAUAUUUUCACUUUUUUGAGAAUGUUUUAAUUGUUUUUUACGUGCCAAAAACGGAACUAUUAUUGCUUUUGCACAGAAAAAUAGUCAAAAUUUCAAAUGGAAAGCGCGACCGAAAUUCGCAAAGGCAAGGCGCUUUCACGGCCACAAGGACACGCAGCGGAGUGUCGUUGCAUGAAAUUUCAAGUCGUGGCACAUCGACUAUACGUCAAGGACAGUUCUGGCCAGUUAUCGGGAAAUUCCAAACCGCAAAAAAAGACCUUCCUGGUGAAAAUUUUCCACUGACUUUCAAAAAAUGGUAUCACGAAAAUUUCUGCAAGCCUUUUUUUUCAGUGAAAACCGUCACGCGAGAAAAUCUUCCUGAUCAGGAACGAAUCGAAAGAGAAAAUGAGAUUUGUGAAUUUUCCAAGGAAAAAACGUGGAUUCCCGAAUCGUUCCGCUUCCAGUCGACUUCUCUAGGUAAUCUUCUUCCAUACCCUCUCCACAAAAACCGGGAUUACUGUAAAGCGUCUCAAGACCUUUUACUCGAACACCGAAUCUUUGAAUUUUUUUAACGUCUCCAAAAACAAUUUUUCAGGCGAGACUUUCUCGUUGCUCAAGAAACUUUGCAGUCGGCUCAACGAGUUGUACAAGACACGUCAGGAAGGUAAUUUGAAAGCGGAAGAGGUCCCUCAAGCGAUAAUUGAAGGGUUGGAAGAGAAACCGACAAACGAAAUCCCGUCUUUCCAAAUCGAUUGCGACGAGAAUGGGACCGUCCGGGUCGUUUUCGACUUUAAUUGUCAGGAUUUUAGGAUUUUAUUUGUCUCUUAUCAAUAAAGUUAUUAAAGGCGCAGAGGUUGGUUGAAAUCAAAAUCUUUUCGAGACUCCACCUCUGCGCCUUCUCUUCUUGACUUGCAUCAAUUUUAAAUUAUCUACUUUUCAGUGAAGAAAAAAGAUUCUCCGCACGAUCUCUAA